AUGACACAGGAGUUUGAGGCUCUAUAUUCCAAUCAUACUUGGGACCUGGUAGCUCUACCACCAGGAAAACAAGCAAUAGGAUGCAAGUGGGUUUACAAAGUGAAGCAUAAAGCUGAUGGUAGUAUAGAAAGGUUCAAGGCUAGAUUGGUUGUGAAAGGCUACACACAACAGGCAGGAACUGAUUACACAGAGACAUUCUCCCUAGUAGUGAAGAUACCAACAGUGAGAGCAUUAAUAGCCACAGCAGUGAAGAAAGGCUGGUGCAUAUCUCAGCUAGAUGUAAACAAUGUCUUCCUCCAUGGAGACCUUAAUGAGGAAGUAUAUAUGCAAACCCCUCCUAGGCUUGUUGUGGACAAACCUGGACUAGUAUGCAAACUAAACAAAUCUCUCUAUGGUCUAAACAAGCUAGUCGACAGUGUAUAUGUUGAUGAUGUGUUGCUUACUGGAACUGAUCAAGAGGAUAUCACACGGUUGAAAGACUCUUUGCAUAAGCAGUUUAAGAUCAAAGAUCUGGGGCAAUUGCACUUUUUUCUAGGGCUGGAAGUGAUGUACAAGGAUGAUGGUGUGAUAAUUUCUCAAAGGAAGUUUGUGCUGGACAUGUUAAAGGGGUAUGACUGCCUAGACUAUAAGUCUUGUUCCUCACCUUUAGACCCUACAAUAAAGCUAAAGGCUAAAGAAGGUGCCAUUCUACAAGAUCCUACAUACUACAGGAAACUGGUAGGAAAGCUAAAUUUCUUAACCAAUACUAGAUUGAACAUAGCAUAUAGUGUUCAUCACCUGAGUCAAUUCAUGCAAGAGCCCAGAGAGCCACAUUUGAAGGCAGCUUUCCACCUGCUUAGGUAUCUGAAAAGUGAUCCCACUCUGGGAAUCUUCAUGUCCAAAGAUGCAGAUUGUACAGUCAGAGCAUAUUGUGACUCUGAUUGGGCUAGUUGUCCAGAUUCUAGGAGAUCCAUCACAGGCUAUCUGGUGCUUCUAGAAAAUAGUCCUGUUAGUUGGAAGUCCAAGAAACAGGAAACUAUAUCACUAUCUUCUGUAGAAUCAGAGUACAGGGCUUUAAGGAAAGUAGCGGGGGAACUAGUAUGGUUGAGCAGGUUGUUUGAAGAACUAGUGUCCCCUUUCCAAUGCCUAUUUCAGUGGUUAAUUUCACUCCACCACAUUGGUAUAGAUAGUCAACUGGCAGAUAUUCUGACUAAAGCCUUAACUGGAAUCAAACAUGGUGCCACAUUACGCAAGUUGGCUGUGUUUGCAACACCUCCAACUUGA